GAAAUUGCCCUCGGUCGCAUUGGUAGUCUGCAUCUCCAUCUUCUCAGCCUUAAGGGGUUUCGAUCGCGCGGGCGGUUCAACCUGUGCAACGUGCCAAAGCCAUUCCCGCUCAAACUACCAUACCAUACACACUGUCGGCCGGCCUCCCUUUGCCCCCUACCCUUUCCCACGUCAGCAGUGCACCCUGACCCGGAAGAUUGCUGCUGCACGGAUCCUGGGAGACCGUCCGUGGCCUCCAGCAGUAGAAACAGUGUACAAGCGCGGUUGUUACAGGCCCCUCGGCUUGGGCUGCCUUUGCUUUGCGUCACAGUAGCCUUUCGUGCGCAGUUCACUCCAUGUGGUUCAUAUAGAAGUCCUCGCAGAGAAUCGCAGGUUGCAGGUCCAACGAGCAACCAACUCUCCCCUCUUCACCCCCACUACGACUUCAUCAAACACAACAUGGGAUUCUCGGGAAAACCAAGCAAAGGCUGUGCGCCGUGUCGAGCAAAAAGAACAAAAUGUGACUUGGCCGUUCCCUCUUGUACUCAGUGCAUCCGCAAAGGCAGAGUCUGUUCUGGCUACCGAAAUGAACAAGACCUGCUAUUCAGAAACGAGACAAAACUUGUCGUUCGAAAAGCUAAGAGACGGCACGAGAGCCAAUCGCCACCGCCAAACCACCUCCCGAUGGAGGCUUUCUCCAUGCAAUUGUUCAACCCUAUGCCCUCAAGGAGAGCAGCAGUGAACGACGAGGCUGAAAUGCACUUCUUCGCACAUCUCAACGAAAAGCUAUUUGCAUCCCAAGAUUGCUCUACUGGUGGUGGUUAUGACUAUAUCCUUCCCGUAUAUUCGCAAGACCUCCUAUCGAACGGGCCCGUACCGGAGAUAAUAAGAGCAACUGGACUGGCAGCACUCGGGAGCACUCGAGGAUCUCCAGAACUCCUGAUCGCGGCGAGACAAAAGCGAGGACAGGUUCUUCGACACCUGAAUCAGCAACUACAAGAUCCCAGGAUGGCGCUCUCAGACUCGUCAAUAUUGACUUGCGUGUUACUGAGCCUAUUCGAGAAUGUGCUUUGCGAAGGCUCACAAUCUACUCAAGCGAUGACCUACCAUCUCCAAGGCGCCUUGACACUUUCCGAACUUCGAGGCUCAGCACAAUUCAGCACUGAAGUCGGACGUGGUAUCUACGCAAGAAUGCGAGGUUUCAUCCUUGCCCACUGCCUGCAGACCCGCGAUCCCAUCCCUCCAUUCAUCCUCACCUUCCUCGACGACGAAUCCAUCACCCAACGCGACUUCGCUCCUGACUUCUACAAACUCCUCGCACGUCUCUGCCAACUACGAUCCGACCACAAACAAAAGGGCUACGUCGACGCGCCCAUGGCCACCGAAGCCUCAUCCCUCGUUAACGAAUUCGACCUCUGGCACCCACACAUCCCCGAUUGGCACCCAUACUCCCGGCCCUCAGCCGACGACUUCCGCCGCAACGUUGACGACGACACCUACCGCUUCAUGUGGCUCUCCAACACCUGGUUCUUCAAGCACACAGCGCGGGUCCUCGCCUCGGACAUGGUGAUCGAGUACGCGCGAGCCCAGCUCCUCCUCGCACCCGCCUCCGCCUCCGCGACCUCCACCCUCGCCGAUGCAGUCUCUACGCAGACCUCCCUCUGUGUCGAACUCCGCGACUCGACGGAGUACUACUUCGACAAGUUCCGCAGCGCAGAGAGCUGUCAGCGCACGGCCGGCGGGUACGGCCUCCUGUGGCCCCUGUACGUGCUCAGCAUGUCGGCAACUAGCACAAGCGAGACAAUGCUGUGGAUCAAGGACAUGGCGUCAGGCAUCGCGGAUGCGUUUGGCAUCAGGCAGGGCAGAGCGAUGGCGGAUUUCAUUGCGCUGUUCUGCUCUCCGCCGGCGGAUGACGGGUUUUUGGUGGGUUUGUGAUGGGCGAAUGUAUCAGGCUGGAACCUCGGUAUCGGAAGCUGGUGGUUGUGCUGCACGGGUUGCUUUUCACUUUUCACAUCUUUUUUGGGAGGUCGCAUGAUCUUUAUUUUAUUUGGGAAUGAUGAUAUGAUGGGGUAAUUCGGACGAUAGAGACCUCUUGUAUAUUUCUGUGUAUUUGUACGACAAUUAGUAUAUAGCCAACCAAAGUAGCCUU